AUGCAGAGAUGGUCAAGGAGGCAUUUGAAACUAGCAAGACGAUGGGUGUUGGAAGAUGACGUCUGGAGACUGAAGCACCUGCAUGUGAUCCACACCUGGGCCACGCAGGUCUCAGCAUUCGCAGGGACCCUCAUGCUGUGCCAGCAGGCAUACCCGAGGGGCUGCUCCUUCUCAAAGAGACUGCCACGUCCUAAUGCAAGACAGUCACCCCAACGGCCAGAGAGCAAAGCUUCAAUAAGUCCUUUCCACUCCGGUGAGACUCUUGGGGAUCCCAGGUCACCACAAUGUGAUGUGGACUCUUUACAGUCUGUGGGACCGGACACUCCACUGAGAACUGCCCUCAGGAACGUGAAGCCUGGUACCGUUUCUGACAACCCCACCACACCAAUGGGAAUGGCAGCACUUUUCAAAGUUCUCGGCCUGGGGACCCCGUUAUUAUCCAAGACUCUGGACAGCUUCCUUUGUUCAUCUUUCCGCAUCGCAGCAGAGAUCGCCCUCCACAUGUUGUCGGACAGUGGAUGUGGAGGGGAUGAAGCUGAAAUCUCUUUCCCAGCUACUGGCUGCCAGAAACUCAUUGAAAUGGACAAUAAAUGCAAACUUUUCACCUUUUAUGGGAAGUGUAUGGCCCCAGAAGUUGCUGCCAAUGCUGUGGGUAAAGAGUGGAAAGGUUACAUGGCCUCAAUCAGUGGUGGCAAUGACAAACAAGGCUUCCUCAUGAAGCAGGGGAUUUAUCAUGGAAGUGUCUGCCUGCUGCUGAGUAAGGGACAUUCCUGCUACCGACCAAGGAGGACUGGAGAAAGAAAGCGUAAAUCUGUUCGGAGUUGCAUUUUGCAUGCCAAUCUCAGUGUUCUCAACUUGGUCAUUGUAAAAAAAAAAAAAAAAAAAAAAGAAGAGAAGGAAAUUCCUGGACUCAUUGAUACUGCUGUGCCUCAUCACCUGGGACCCAAAAGAGCUAGGAGAAUCUGCAAACUUUUCGAUCUCUCUAGAGAAGAUGAUGUCCAGCAGUAUGUUGUGAGAAAGCCCCUAAACAAAGAUGGUAAGAAACCUAGAACCAAAGUCCCCAAGAUUCAACAUCUGGUUACUGCACGUGUCCUGCAACACAAACAUUGGGGUGUGGCUCUGAAGAAACAGUGUACUAAUGAAAAUAAGGAAGAGGCUUCAGAAUAUGCUAAAGUUUUGGCCAAGAGAAUGAAAGAGGUCAAAAUAACAUGCAAGGAAAAGAUUGCCAGGAGACAGAGGCUGUCCUCUCUGAAAGCUUCUGCCUUGAAGUCUGAGUCCAGUCAAAAAUGA